UUUUGGUAUAUUCCAACAUUGUGACCCCGGUUUCAAAAUGGCAGCGUCAUUAGAAGAAGAGUUCGAAGAUGCGCCUGACGUAGAGCCGCUGGAACCUACACUGAAAAAUAUCAUAGAACAGAAAUCUCUUAAAUGGAUUUUCGUGGGUGGCAAAGGCGGCGUUGGCAAAACGACAUGCAGCUGCAGUUUGGCUGUACAGUUGACGGCUGUGCGCGAGAGCGUGCUCAUCAUUUCCACCGACCCCGCCCACAAUAUUUCCGAUGCCUUCGACCAGAAGUUCUCCAAGGUGCCCACCAAGGUUAAGGGCUACGACAACCUCUUUGCUAUGGAGAUCGACCCCAGUCUGGGCGUGGCCGAGCUACCGGACGAGUUCUUUGAGGAAGACAACAUGCUGAGCAUGGGGAAGAAGAUGAUGCAGGAGGCCAUGAGCGCGUUCCCGGGCAUCGACGAGGCGAUGAGCUACGCAGAGGUCAUGAGGCUGGUGAAAGGUAUGAAUUUCUCUGUGGUGGUGUUCGACACUGCCCCCACUGGCCACACCCUGCGACUGCUCAACUUCCCCACCAUUGUGGAGCGGGGGCUGGGCCGCCUGAUGCAGAUCAAGAAUCAGAUCAGUCCCUUCAUUUCGCAGAUGUGUAAUAUGCUGGGCCUGGGAGACAUGAACGCGGACCAGCUGGCCUCCAAGCUGGAGGAGACGCUGCCGGUCAUCCGCUCCGUUAGCGAGCAGUUCAAAGACCCGGAGCAAACCACAUUCAUCUGCGUGUGCAUCGCAGAGUUCCUGUCGCUGUACGAGACCGAGCGGCUGAUCCAGGAGCUGGCCAAGUGCCACAUCGACACGCACAACAUCAUCGUCAACCAGCUGGUCUUCCCCGACUCCGACCGGCCCUGCAAGAUGUGUGAGGCCCGCCACAACAUCCAGUCCAAGUACCUGGAUCAGAUGGAAGACUUGUAUGAAGAUUUCCACAUUGUCAAAUUGCCCCUGUUGCCCCAUGAAGUGCGAGGGGCAGACAAGGUCAACACCUUCUCCAAGCAGCUCCUGGAGCCUUACAACCCCCCCAAAAAAGUGGCCCCCUAAAGCUCUUCUACCCAACCCCCCACCCCCUCCAACCCCUACCCCCCUCCAACCCCCCUACCCAAAUAAAACACCAUCACGACUAUAUGAGACUCACCCAGGGCAGAAACACUAGGAAUCAGUACCGCCUUCAACACUAAGCAGACAGAAACCAAGGAUCUCUCUCCUCCUACUUGAAUCUCUGCUGAGGAUAACGCCACUGGCUUUUCUACAGGACUGAACAUCUUCUCUUAUUGUGUGCUUUAGCCAUUGUGUAAUCAAAUUAACUUUUUGCUUUUUGUUUUUGGUCUAUUUACAUGACUUUUGUGAUGGUAAACUACACUGUUAGGCUUUUUUUUUUUUCUUCCCCACAACAUCGACAUUAAAUUAUUUCAUCCAAGUAUGACCAAAUUAAAUAAAGAGAAGGAAAGGCUGUUAUGUGUAGGAUUACAGUAUUCCAGUUGACUCUGCACGUGGUACAAGGGGUCAUGGGAUAUGUAGUUUGGAUAUUUAUAUAACUGCAGAUCAUAACACUUUGACACUUUUUUUCAGGGGGAGGGGGACUGCAUAUGGGCAUAUUAGAAAAUAAUGAAAGCAUGCUGGGAUUUUGUAUUUAGCUUGCCCACUCCCUGUCAGUAAACUAUACCUGAAUCCUGCCCCCUUCCCCAAUACAGGAUGCAUAUAGCUCCGGUGGGUACUGUUGUGUUGGGUACAGUGGCAGUUAUUGCACAUGAACCCAUUUAUUGAUUGGAGUGACCAAAGCUGGCAUGGAACUAAUUAUUUUACCGUAAUUAAUCCAUGUUCGUAGGUGCCUGUCAUUAUAGGUCCACAUGCCUCUUGUAAUUAGGCCACUCAGUAAGAUUACAUCACUCUGGACCAUUAAACAAUAGAGUAAACUGGAUUUAUUUUCAGUCAUAAAUACGUGGGAAGACCACCCUGUUUGCUGAACAUUUCCCUUCUGUAGCUCUCUCUCACACACACACACACCCUGCCAAUGUAAGAUCCGGAGAGUGGUAGAUUAACACCUGCAUUUAGCAAUAAGGAAUGUAAACGGGCGUAAAGUCCAGAGUUUCCCCAGGAUAUUAAACUGCCAUUUUGCUUCACCUCCCUUCA